UUUUGAUUAUAUUUUGUUUUAGUCUUCCAUUAAAGAUGUUUUUACUAAAACAGAGCUAGCUUAAGAACUUUUAAUGGCACAUUAAUCUACUUUUUAAGUGUCGGUAUUGUCAGAGAUACUAUCCGUUAAAACUGACUGAGUUUCGAAGGCACUGUAAACAAGAACUAUGGAUAAAGGUCCAUCUGGGUCCAACGAAAACCUUAAUAUAUUCAGUAAAUCCUGCUGGGACAUAUCACAAAACGACCCGAAUAAGAUCCUGACGGGUAAUAAAGCCCUGGACAAUCAUUUCGGAGGUGGCAUACCCCUGGGUCACAUUGUAGAGCUAAUUGGAAACUCGGGCACCGGCAAAACCCAAAUGUGUUUACAACUGUGUCUGAAUGUACAAAUUCCCAAGGCUGCUGGAGGAUUGGAAGGAAGUGCCUUGUUCAUAGACUCCCGACAGGAUUUUCAUCCCGAAAGAUUGCGAGGUCUAGCUCAGGAACUGGAAAAGCAAUAUGAACACAAAGUACCAGAAUUUAAGGCUCUUAAAAUGCUGCAAAAAAUCCACCAUGUGAGGUGUCCCAAUAUGGUUCAGUUAAUGGCUACCGUUUUCAGUUGUCAACGGCAUCUCACAGAUCAUCCAGAUAUUAAACUGAUUGUGAUCGACUCCCUGGCAUUUUCCCUGCGAAUGCUGGAGGACGGCGCCCAGCGUUACGAGCUGCUCCUGGAACUGCACGAAUGCAUGAGGAGACUGCAACGUCAACACGAAUUGGCCUGGGUCGUCACCAAUGUGCUCACGCAUCGCUGCUUCAGGAAUCAGUUCCGUGUGGUGCCCGCCCUGGGGGACAUGCAUUCGCACCUGAUCAACGAGCGCAUCUGGUUUUCGGGCAGCUCUCAGCUUCACCUGGGCAAGUCGUGGAGAACCAGUAGAUUAAUUAAGGAAUCCAAUUGAGGCUGGUUUCGUUUGAUGUGUGGUCAGGUUCACUUUUACUUUAUGUCUUUUUUAAACAUUAGUUUACCUUUAGUUUUACUAUGAAGUUGUAC